UCGGCGCAGCUAACAGCAGCAGGCCGAGCUGCCUCGGAGCGAGCAGACUCAGCCUCGCAGCUCCGGCCCGGCUCCUCCUGCUGAGCCGCCGCGGAUCCGGAUCCUGAAGCCCGAGAGCAGCGCCAUGCCCGCAGGAGAGGAGCACGCAGCUGCUGGUGUGUAAAGAAGAGGUUCCCCCCGAGCAGCAGGAGCAGACCCCCAGUCUGCCCCCACACAUUAAAGAGGAACAGGAGGAGCUGUGGACCAAUCAGGAGGCAGAGCAGCUUCAGGAUCUCACCAAGUUCCAGGUCACUGCUGUGAAGAGUGAGGAUGAUGAAGAGGAAGCUCCGCCCCCACAGCUUCAUCAACAACAGGAACAGAUGGAAGCAGAGCAGCUGCUCUCCUCCCACUCCUCUGAGGAGACUGAGGACAGUGAGGACGAGCGGAGGCCUGCAUCAGGCGGCGAGCUCCGCUCUCCCUGGAGGCCUCAGAGCUCUGCAGCUGCACUAACACAGACCGUGAUGAUCAGGGAGAAGCGGCAUCACGACGCUGCUCGUCAGCUCCAGGUUUGCCUCAUGAAGAGCCGUGAACGCACAGCGUACUUCACGGCGGAGGAGCAGCGUAUCAUACUGGAAAAGUAUGAGGAGGAAAAACUAAAUAUACAUCUCAAAUCGAACACCGCGGCCGCCGCCAAGAGCAGGCAGAACGCUUGGCAACGAAUUGCCGACUGCAUAAAUGCGUGUAACCCCUCAGGGGUUAAAAGAACGUGGGAGCAAGUAAAAGUUAAACACAAGAACAUCAUUGCAUUUGCCAACAGGAAGAGAAACCUGCAGAGGCAGGCGGGGCGCGGGGGGCCUGGGGAAAAGUGCAGCCCUGCAGAGGAGCUGGCCCUCACAAACAACGAGGCUCGCCCCAUAAAGGAUGGGGUGGAGGCUGGGGUGGCCUCCAACCCAGGCUCACAGAGCACACAUGUUACAACUUAUGGAGACAUAAUGGAGGUGGUGGUGCCAGGGGUGCCUCCGACAUCCGACACCAUGUCUCAAGCGGAGGCGGUGGACAUCAGGGAUGAGAUGCUGUCCACAUCGUCGGACAGAGCUGUGGAGGAAGAAAACCACCGCUCCCCAGGAGAGCCCCGAGCCUCCACACGGACAGGGAGGCAGAGCAGAAGCUCCACAUGUUGGGGGGGCAGAGGCACCCAGCUAAAGAGAUCACAAAAGAGUGCAGCUGACCCUGUGAGGGCCCUCUAUAAGAGGAGCCUGGAGAAGGACCUAAAAUACAAAGACCUCAAAAUGCAGAAGAUGGAGCUGGAGAUCGAGUAUCUCAAACUCAAAAUCGCAAAGCUAACGGUGAGUGAGGAACAGCAUCCACUGCACUGCGCUCAGGUAAACUUAAACUGGCUAAAGAAGGAUCUUCAUGGGUAUCCAGUUACCUGCAGUGUGCAUGGGCUCACUGUUAGCUCUGUUUGUACGGUGUCAGUCGUCACAGGGUUCGGUAGAGUGGCUCACUCAUACCUCCACUACAUCACUGCUUCUGAGACCAUGACCACGUAUUCCACACUGUUUGAGCCAUGAACACAGUUUGAUAGAUUUAUACUGCACCAUGAGAUCCCAAGCUGCUGUUCAGGGUUUCUACACCCUCUCAAAAUCAGAUUUCAAACACCUUUGUGAAUAUGCAAGCACCACUAAUGUGUUCAUUUAUUCUGUUUUCCAGGAAAAAGAAGAAAACCAUUAUAAAUAAAGUCAGAGAGAGAAAAAAAACUGUCUCUGUGUCAGCUGAAAAGCCGGCGUCCCUCUCUGGCCGGCCUGUUGGACAGUCUGAGUUUAUGGGGUCCACAACAUGAAGGGGCUGGAGGUGGGAACAGGGCGCCCUCUGCUGGCUGAUGGUGGCAGUGCUGUGGAGCACACAGAAGGCAAAGCGGCCCUUCAGAAGCCUCAAAGCAUUUUCAGUCUUGACCCUUGUCCCGUCGUGUGCCAGGUUAUAACGGGUCUGUGGUCCUGGUCCUGGUUCAGGGUCUGGGCAGGGAGUCAUGUCUCCAAGCAGCACGCCACUGAAGUGUCCUGUAGAUGAGAGGAAUACUGACGGGGCAGUCGUACAGUUUUGGCUUCUAGCUGCAAGUUGUAAUACAGAAAAUCCUGCGAUGUACAGGAGCCCUACCUGCUGCAGGCUGUGGUGGAGUGUGGACUCCCUGAGGAGCCGGGGGUCGUGGGCGGAGCCACACACCCAUCUGUAUUUGUUUUUAUCAUUUUCUUUAUUUUUUCAGUGGUAGUUUGUACUUUUGUGUGGUUGUUGUGUUUUUCUUAUGUUUGUCAUGUGGCUUUGUCAAAAGAUUUAAUGUAGCAGGUUCAGUAAAAUGACUCAAAUUGUUAAUUUGUUGUGUAAAAACCUGCAAUAAAGUAGAUCAAAGCCAUGCAGAGGUCCAGUGCCUGCACAUGCAGAAGUGAUGUAUGGAUUAUGGGAUCAUUGCUUACAGAAUA